CGCCGGAGACCACAAACACAGUCUCAUGAUUGACAACUCUUUCAAUCAGUUAUCUAGGCAUAGGCCUACAGGAUCAAGGCGAUCGCACGUCCUCCUACACUUAAAGCAAAGUGCGCUGAGUGACAGUGGAUCUGAAGGUGAACGUCAGUGAAAGGUCGUGAGGAAACGCAGCUGACACUGACAGAACGCUCACAGAGGACGAGCCAACAGAUUUUGACCAAUUGAUCCUCUGAUCUGAUAUCAUGCAUCAACUGUCUGUGACUUCUCUAUUCGUCUGUCUGUGGCUGGUGGAGCACAGCCAUGGCAACAGCAGCUUGGGCAACAGCCUCAAUGAUCUGCACACACACUUUGGUGUCAGCCUUUACCAAAUACUAACAGAGACAGAGUACAACUCCAACCUGAUCGUGUCUCCGGCCAGCAUCUCGUUGUGUCUGGGCCUUCUGCAGUUAGGUGCCAGGGGGAACACUCUAGCUCAGCUUGAGGGAACUCUGGGCUAUGAUGUAAACGAUGCUCGUGUCCAGGAUUUUCUUUCUCGGCCACAAGGAGACCUGGGUAAUUCCAGUAAGGGCAUGCGGCUUGAGCUUGCCAAUGCUUUAUUUGUCCAAAGUGGUGUGAAAGUCCUGCCAGAGUUUACUCAGCAUGCCCUGGGAUGGAGUAACAGCAGUCUACUGAGUGUAAACUUCAGCAAUUCCAACCACACUCAACUACAGCAAUGGGCACGCUACCACAGUAAAUCUGAUGACUACCUUCAGGCAAGAGAGAAGCAACUGCAGGUCUCCAGGCAGGAUAUUUUGCCACACAUGACUCUAUUGAGUGCAGUGCUGUUCCAGGGUGCCUGGCAGAAACAAUUCCUCUUCACAGAGACUCAGAACCUGCCCUUCACCCUUUCCGAUGGCAGCACUGUCAAAGUGCCAAUGAUGUACCAGUCAACCAAAGUCAACUUUGGACAAUUUCGCCUGCCUUCAGAUCAGCAAUACACAGUAUUGGAACUGCCGUACCUGGAGCGCUCACUCAGGCUAUUGGUGGUAUUACCUAGUGACCGGAAGACCCCUCUAUCCCAGCUGGAAUCGCAGCUCACCGCCCAUGCUGUGGGACUAUGGGAUAAUGGAUUAAGGCGAACCAAGAUGGAUAUAUUUUUUCCCAGGUUUAAAAUGCAGAGCAGGCUCAAUUUGAAGCCUGUUCUACAGUCUCUUGGUAUCUCUGACAUCUUCAGCCCUUCAGCAGCAGAUUUUAGAGGCAUCUCAGAUGAGGAAGGACUUUUCGUAUCUGAGGCUUUCCAUGAGGCAAGAAUACAGGUGACAGAAGAUGGGACAAAAGCAGCUUCAGCCACAGAGCUUAACCACUCACUGAUGUCUCUCUCUUCUUUAGCAAUGGUGCUAUUGAAAAGAUCUCGUGCAGCAGUUUUUAAAGCAGAUCGACCAUUUCUCUUCAUCUUACGACAAAUCAGCACAGGUUUAUUGCUGUUUAUAGGUCGAGUUUUGAAUCCAGCAGAACAGAUGUCUUAAGAAGAUACAUGCAAUCACAUAUGCUUGAAAUUACGACCGUGCACACACAGGAGACCUAUUUUAAUAAACACUUUAAUUCAAAUGGUUUUGCCAGCUCAGCACACCCCCACCUCCCUCAUGGACGUAGGGGAUAAGAGUAUCUGAGGCUAUUAGGAGGGUCCACUGGCACUUCGGGAAGAGGGACAAGACUUUUGUACAUAUCUGUAAAUACAAUUUUAUAACAUCAGUGUUUUUUGCACUUUAAAGUGUCUGCAGUCAUUUAUUAUCUCUACCUUCAAUA